UCACUUUGCGUAAUGUCAAAAUGACAUUUCAACGUAUUCAACUUCGUGAAAAUAGGCAAUAAUUUCACUUGAAACCGAAAUUAUUUCACUAAAAACUUUAAUUAAUAAGUGAAGCAUUGUGAUUUAUGGCAGUCUAUCUAUUAAACCAUCAUGACGACUUUACGUGAACGCCAACUCAAUGCUCUUAAACAAAUGCUAAACCUGAAUCAAACUCUCACGAAGAAUGUGGCUACAGAACCUACGUGGAAAGUGUUGAUUUAUGACAGGGUUGGACAAGACAUCAUUUCACCUCUGAUUUCUAUUAAAGAGCUUCGAGAACUAGGCGUGACUCUUCAUGUCCAACUGCACUCUGACCGAGAUCCUAUACCUGAAGUACCAGCAGUUUACUUCUGUGCCCCUACGGAAGAAAACCUAGGUCGCAUCUGCCAAGACCUCGACAAUGGAAUAUAUGACCAAUAUCACUUAAACUUCAUAUCUCCAAUAUCCCGACAGAAGCUUGAGGAUCUGGCAGCAUCAGCCAUUCAGUCCAACUCAGUGAUGAACAUUCACAAAGUGUAUGAUCAGUAUUUGAAUUUCAUCUGCCUGGAGGAUGAUCUGUUUAUAAUGAAACAUCAACAGUCUGACUCAUUGUCUUAUUAUGCUAUCAACAAGGGUGACACAAAAGAUACUGAAAUGGAAGCAAUAAUGGACAAUAUUGUAGAAAGCUUAUUCUCUGUUUUUGUUACUCUAGGAAAUGUCCCUGUAAUACGAAGCAGUAAAGGCAAUGCAGCAGAGAUGGUUGCCAAGAAAUUAGACAAAAAAUUGAGGGAGAACCUUUGGGAUGCUAGAAAUAAUUUAUUCCAUGGUAACACUGGGCAGGCGGGUUCAUUCAGUUUCACAAGACCCAUGCUCAUAUUGUUGGACAGGAAUAUAGAUAUGGCAACUCCAUUACAUCACACAUGGACAUACCAGGCAUUAGCUCACGAUGUGCUUGAUCUGUCUCUUAAUAGAGCAAAUGUACCAGAGGGUUCUGGAGCCCCUGUACCAGGGCAGAAGACAAAAACCCGCAUCUGUGAUCUAGACUCCAAGGACCCACUAUGGUCAGAACACAAGGGCAGUCCCUUCCCUACAGUGGCUGAAGCCAUACAAGAGGACCUAGACAAAUAUAGGAGUUCAGAAGCGGAGGUAAAGAAACUGAAGAGCUCUAUGGGCUUGGACGCGGAGAGUGACCUGGCGCUCAGCAUGGUCAGCGACAACACGCAGCGGCUCACCAGCGCUGUCAACUCGCUGCCACAGCUAAUGGAAAAGAAACGGCUCAUCGAUAUGCAUACCACUAUUGCUACAGCCAUCCUCAACGCAAUAAAAUCAAGGAGACUGGACUCGUUCUUCGAGUUGGAAGAGAAAAUAAUGAGUAAAAGCAGCAGUGUGGAAAGCAAAGCCGUCAUAGACUUGAUAUCAGACCCUAGUGCGGGGACCCCCGAGGACAAGAUGCGGCUGUUCAUCAUAUACUACCUGUGCACGUCGCAGUUACCAGAAGAGGAAUAUAAGAAGCUAGAAGCGGCGCUGCAAGCCGCCAAUUGUGACGUCAACCCCAUGGCUUACAUGAAACGGUGGAAAGGCUUCACAAAAAUGUCCAGUCAGUAUGAAGGUGGCGGCACAAAAACCGUUUCCAUGUUUUCCAAACUGGUGUCUCAGGGGUCCUCGUUUGUGAUGGAAGGAGUCAAGAACUUAGUUGUCAAAAAACAUAAACUGCCAGUGAGCCGCGCGGUGGAGGCGGCGCUGGGCGGCGGCGGCGAGGCGGGCGCCGAGCUGACGUGGCUGGACCCCAAGGCGGCGCGGACCGAUGCCGCGGCGCGGGCGCGGGCCGCGCGUGCGCCGCCGCCCGCCGACGCCGUGGUCUUCGUCGUCGGCGGCGGCAACUACAUCGAGUACCACAACCUGCUCGAUUUUGCUAAGCAACAAGCUGCAAGCGGUACGCCGAGGAAAAUAAUCUACGGCGCCACCACGCUGCCCAACGCGUCGCAGUUCCUCAAACAACUCUCGCUGCUCGGCGAAGAACUACAAUGAACAUUCCCCCGCGUCAUGUGCACUAUGUAAUAUACAAUUAUUAUUAAAUAAAUCAUAUAUCUAUUACA